UGUAUUUACCUCCACCACUGACCCAUAUUGUUGGACGUUGGAGAUUCACAUCCAUAUAAUACACGAGUACACGACAAUGACGCCCCCUACCCUAAACCGGUGGAAGGGAUGGAUCCCAUUUUCGCCGCCGCUGCAGAAGCUUAUAAAAAGGCAUGUAAGAGCGCAGACACCUUUAGUGUAUCACUAUUCGUUUUUCUUUUCACUUUUUUGCGUUGUGCCGAUAACUGUAAUCUGUUGUGUUUUAAUUCUCGUUCGUAAAACGUCCGAUUUUUAUAAAUGAUGGAGUCUUUAAAAAAACAAUUUUAUAUUUUCUUUUUCAUCGUAUUAUUCUCAUCCUGGGUGGCAGCAUCGAUGAUCAAAGAAACUUCGGAUGAAGAAAUUAAAAAACAAACUUUGGACAGUUUAAUGGGCAAACUGUGUCCUCCGUUAGGACUAGGAAUACGUUAUGAAGUUGCCAUGAUACAAACACCGAUGACAAUGUUCGGAUGCGCCUACUUGGAACACAACCGUACGAUAAGCGCUGCACCACUAUUUAAUUUGUGGCUUGAACGUCCGGGGAAAACCAGCAAUGAUGGUCAUUGUAAAGACAUGCGUAACAUGGAUCACUUCGCUUUUGAGUGCGUUUCACAAAAGGAACCUACUAAGAAGGAAGAGAUUUUUAAAGGUUGGAAUUAUGUUCAAUUAAUAGAUCAUUCCCAGCCAAAAAUCUCACAGGAUAUCAACGACCUGGUUUUGAGAUGUGCCGCAUACGAAGUGAAUGAUGCUCCUGCUGAGGGUGUCAAAAUGAUUCGAAUGGCGAUAAGUCCACCUAGCAACGAGCAAAUGCUCGAAGACCUGUGUGACAGUCUAUCAAGAACUAUGGCAAAGGAUGACCCAACAUACAUUUCAGAAGGGGACCGAACUUGGCCUGAUGGGUCAGUGUACCUUUAUAUGUUGGGAAAGCCAGCCCUCGAUGGAUCUAUGAACUCGAUGAAACACCCUACCAAUCGUCCAAUGAAAUCAACGACUACAAUGCCAUACAUUUCAGAAGGGCACCGAACUUUGCUUGAUUGGUCAGAGUACCUUUUUAAGUUGGCAAAGUUAGCCCUCGAUGAACCUAUGGACUCGAUGAAACAUCCUACCAGUCGUCCAAUGAAAUCAACGACUACAAUGCCAUACAUUUCAGAAGGGCACCGAACUUUGCUUGAUUGGUCAGAGUACCUUUUUAAGUUGGCAAAGUUAGUCCCCGAUGGACCUAUGGACUCGAUGAAACAUCCUACCAGUCGUCCAAUGAAAUCAACGACUACAAUGCCAUUAACAACAAUGCAAACAACAACAAAUUCCAUAAGAACUACAAGAUAUAAUGAGAAACGUAUGGAGAACCUAGAUAGCCGUACAACAACUACAAAGAUGCCAGUUCGCCAAAACAUUUUUGACUAUUUUUAUAUGUUGUAAAUGGUCAAGAACGACCAUCUCAUGUAGAUGAAUAGAUCAUGUCUAAAGAUGUAAUCAUGAUAAAUAUAUUUU